UUUGUCUAAGUCUAUGUUGAUUUUCCUUCAGGCUCAUAUGGAGUCUUCAGUGAGCUUCUCUGUGACGAACAUCUCAGUGAAGAUGUGAAGUUCUCCACGAAAAAAUCCCGAAUCAGGACUUCUCCGAGCGUACGCCACUGUCAGCUCAUGUGCAGCCAAGAACCAGAAUGCUUUGUGUUUGCGUUCCAUGGGCCAUCUGCAUCAACCAGGAAGUACUUCUGUUAUAUGUGGAAAAGUGGAACUCUCAAAAUCAAAAACAGCACUGGAAUCACCUCUGGAUACAACCUUCGAGGCUGCCAGUUUAAAAAACCUUGUUUCGAUGAAGUGUACGAGGGACUGAAAUUCAGUAACAGACCGUAUGAAACUGUUCAAACUGAAAACCCUGACCAGUGCAGAGAGAAGUGCCGCCAAGACCAACACUGCUCAUUCUACACCUACUACAAUGAAGGUUCCAAGUGUGAGCUGAAGUUCACAAUGCCAAUUCCCACACCUACUUUUCAACGCAUGGAUGAAGUCUUCAGUGGAUUCUCCAACAAUCUGGACGAGGACUUUGGCUCUGGAGAAGUGUGCCCCUCACAGCUGUAUCGGGACAAGCAGCUGGAGGGUGGGCGUUAUCCUAUUAAGUUCAGUGCCAUCUCUGCCCAGCACUGCCAGGCUCUGUGCAACAUCUACCCCGAAUGCCAAGUCUUCAAGUACUACAGAAACUACGUAAAGGGACCAAACUGUUACAUGAAGUCUGAAACAAGGUUGAUCUCUGAGGUCAUCACAGAGCAUCAAGGAGUGACAUCCGGCAGGGUCCAGAAGGGAUGUAAAGUGGACUUCAGCUGGAAAAAUGACGUUGUGAAUGGAUCUUUGUCCGGCUCAGCAUUUAACGUUACUGUCAAAGCUGAUCUUGAAUGUAAGAAAGCCUGCAAUGACGAACCCAACUGUCUGUUCUACCUCUAUGUCUCAAUGAAUCAUCCUGCAGUCAAGCACAGGGGGAAAUGUUACCUCAAACGGGACUUGACUUUACCACGACCAAAUGUCUUUCCGAGACCUGGUACUGUCUCAGGUUUUGUGAUGAACUGCUGA